CCCCCGGUCCCGCGUCGAGCGAACACGCCCGCCCCACGCGCCGCGUUUUGCCGCGCAGGCAGGCAGGCGGAGCAGCGCAGCGCGAGUAACGCCGCGGCAGCAGAAGUGCGCGAGUCCCGGCGGCAGGAUGCGCAGAUGAGCGAGGGAGCGCAGCGCGCGAGCAGCCAGCGCAGACACACGGCAGCGCGCACAGAGCCGAGCCGAACCGAGCCCUACCGAGCCGAGACCGCCCCCCCCGACCCAUCGCCGCCGCCGUCGCCGCCGCUCUCAGCUUGUCCCGCUCCGACCGACAUGAGCUCCAGCCGCGGCUCCUCCGCGCACCUCGUGCUGCGGCUGCUGGCGCUACAGCUACUCGGAUGCGGGCUGAGCGCAGCCGCCCCGUCGCCCAUCAUCCGGUUCCCCGGAGACGACACGGUGCCCAAGUCGGACAAGGAGGUGGCGCUGCAUUACCUCAACAAGUUCUACGGAUGUCCACAAGACAGGUGCAACCUCAUGGUACUCAAAGACACACUGAAGAAAAUGCAGAAGUUCUUCUCCCUGCCAGAGACAGGCGAGAUUGACCAGAGGACGGUGGAGAUCAUGAAGAAGCCUCGCUGCGGAGUCCCAGAUGUUGCUAAUUAUAACUUCUUCCCUUCAAAGCCAAAGUGGGGCAAGAACACAUUAACAUACAGGAUACUGGGGCACACUCCUGAUCUGGACGAAGAGGUCAUCGAUGACGCCUUUUUCCGGGCCUUCAAAGUUUGGAGUGAUGUCACCCCGCUCAAGUUCACGCGCAUCAUGGAUGGGGAAGCUGACAUAAUGAUCAAUUUUGGACGUAAUGAGCAUGGUGACGGCUACCCCUUCGAUGGGAAAGAUGGCCUCCUGGCUCACGCGUUUGCCCCCGGCCAGGGGAUAGGCGGUGACUCCCACUUCGAUGACGAUGAGCAGUGGACACUUGGAGAAGGACAAGUGGUGAAGGUCAAGUUUGGCAAUGCGGAGGGGGAGUUCUGCAAGUUUCCGUUCCUCUUCAUGGGCCAGGAGUACAACAGCUGCACCACUCAGGGUCGCGAUGACGGAUUCCUCUGGUGCUCCACCACCUACAACUUCGACGAGGAAGGGAAGUACGGCUUCUGCCCCCACGAGCUGUUGUUCACCCUGGGGGGUAAUGGGGACGGAGCCCCCUGCAAGUUCCCCUUCACUUUCCAGGGGGAGAAGUACCACGGGUGCACGACGGAGGGGCGCAGCGAUGGUUACCGAUGGUGCGCCACCACGGAGGACUACGACCGGGACAAGAGCUAUGGCUUCUGCCCCGAGACCGCCUUGUCAACUGUGGGAGGGAAUUCUGAAGGAGGGCCCUGCACCUUCCCCUUCACCUUCUUGGGCAACACCUACGAUGCGUGUACCUCUUCGGGACGCAGCGAUGGGAAGAUGUGGUGCGCCACCACAAAAAGCUAUGAUGAAGAUCGCAAAUGGGGAUUUUGCCCUGACCAAGGCUACAGCCUCUUUCUGGUAGCAGCCCAUGAGUUUGGUCAUGCUCUGGGUCUGGAGCACUCGCAGGACACCACAGCAUUGAUGGCCCCCAUCUACACCUACACCAAGAACUUCAGGUUGUCCAGUGAUGACAUCAGGGGCAUCCAGGAGCUCUAUGGUGCCUCAACAGACAAACCCCUUCCACCCACCCAGGGUCCCAUCACACCCAUGGAUUUUUGCGAUGAGGACAUUAUUUUUGACGCUGUAGCCCAAAUCAGAGGAGAGACGUUCUUUUUUAAGGACAGAUACGUAUUCCAGACCUCCAACUUCCGUGCCAAACCCAGAGGCCCGAUGCUGGUUAAGACCUUCUGGAAGGAGCUGCCGGACCGCAUCGAUGCCGCCUAUGAGAACCCAUUAGAGAAGAAGACGGUCUUCUUUGCAGGUAACCAGGUGUGGGUUUACUCGGCGAACACGCUGGAGAGGGGCUAUCCAAAGACGCUCUCCUCACUGGGCCUGCCUGGCGACCUGCAGCACAUCGACGCCGCCUUCUCCUUCAGCAAGAGUCAAAAGACGUACCUGUUCGCUGGGGACCAGUUCUGGAGGUACAAUGAAGCCAAGAAGAGGAUGGACCCAGGGUUCCCGAAGCUUAUUGCAGACGCUUGGAACGGCAUCCCAGACAAUUUAGACGCUGCAUUCAGCCUGGAUGGGAAUGGCUUCAGCUACUUCUUCAAAAACUCCUACUAUCUGAAGCUGGAUGAUGCCACUCUUAAGAUCGUCAAAGUCGGGGACGUGAAAAGCGACUGGCUCGGCUGCUGAGGGCCGACGCGGGCUGUGAGCUGCGGCCCCUCGGUCCCCCACCCCACCCCCCUAGGGUCCCUCGUUUUACCGAUGCACCCGAGGUCACCGCAGUGAUCGUCCCAACCCAGUAGCAAUAAACGUUCUCAUCUUCAUCCAAGAGACUACUCUUGGCGCAGUGUGAGGAUCACGUGCGCCUUUCAUAUCCUGGCAUUGGAACGAAAAAAUUAAGUUCUGUGUAAUAUUAAUUGUUUGGUUGCAAUGUUGAGAAACAUUAUUACUAAACCCCGGAUUAAAGGAGCCUCUCCCUCCUUUUUUUUAAUUUUACCUGUUUCACGGCCUCAGGUGAGCCGUCUCAGCGUAGAGGCCCUGCCCGAGGAUGGGGUCACACUGUAAAUUGUUCAGUCUCCUGUAGGGUUCAUAAGGACAGUUUUUCUAGCACUUUCUACUGCUUUGUAAAUGUGUCCUGAAGAAAGGUGUGGAACAAAUAACGGUCAACCAGCUCUCCAUUGCAUCCCUGUGGCCCUUGUUCCACUAACGCCAUUGAAAGAGCAAAGGCACGGGCUGCCUGAAGGUUGUAUGUAGUGUGUUGCAUGAUGGAGUCAUGACAGGAAUAUAUCACAGAAUUAUUGUUUGAUAAUCUUUGUAUUAUUAUUGUUUGAUAUUUUUUGUAUUUUACUAUACGUAGGUUUGACAUUUGCUUUGUGCACUGUCAGUAUACUUUUGUCAGAAAAAAAACUGAAUAAAAAA